AUGCCCAUCCUUCUGCCUCUCGGCAUCCUGGCGGCACUUACCUACUUGCCACGAUGGAGCAUGAUGGGUGACCCAAUCCAUAUUGACUUGCUAGAUCUCUUCCCCAAUCAUGGAAGGCAUGGUUAUAAUCCCUUUUUCUCCUCCGCAGUGCUCGCUACAUGGCCGUGGCUUGCAACGGGUGACGUUGUUGACACCCCUCUAGUGAUCGCCAAAAAAGCUCAGUUGUGGGUAAACUAG